GUGUCUGUAAUAAUUAGACAUGGAACUACUGCAUGUUGUACUAUGCAUUGUAUACGGAUGCAUCUGAUUAACAACUUGGCAGAGAGACACCCCCGGUAAAAUUAAGUACACAUUUUCCUGGAUAUUCAUAAUUAUUGAGGCAUUGAUCAACAUAGCGAAGCUCGAAUGGAACUAGCUACUUCUGUUGAAGUAUGAUUUCUUAAUUUAGAUAAAGAUAGCGGUUGACGAGGGAGUUAAUUGUAACCUUUUAGCAUUCUAUGCAUCAAUAUGUUUAUUCCAACAACGACUUUUUGGGGAUUCAUAUGGACUUUUUGUUUACACUAUACAGCCCAUGGACAACGGCCUAAAGUAACCAUACCUAUAGUGGCGAAAAAAAUAAGAAAAUAUGAAAGAACAAUUACAACUGAAAUUUCUACAUUGAUGAGAACCAGAACAACUUUUAUGUUACUUAGACAAUACGACAUUAAAAUAGUGUACUUGCCUUUGGAUAAUGAAUCACCAUCUGAUAUUUUGCAACUGUUUAAUGAUACCCUUUUGCAAGGAGGUAUCAAUUCCGUAAUAUACCUGCAGAUAGGCGGAGAAACCUCUGUAUCGUCAACUGAUUAUGUUACAACUGUCUUGGAGGAUUUAGGAUUGCCAGUUUUAUCAUGGGACCCCAAAUAUGCGGGAGCUCUAGAGAAAAUCAAAGAUCAGAGAGUUUUACAGUUUGCACCGACAGUGUACCAUCAAGCCAGAGCUAUGUUUCAGUUGAUGGAGUUUUUUAAUUGGACGCACUUUACGGUUGUUUCAAGUACACACACCAAUCACUUUGAUUUCGUUAGUGCUGUGAAGGACUUAGUGACUGAGAAGAACGAACAGGCUAAAAAACACAUACCCAUUAAAGCAGAAUUUAAACUUUUAGAGACUAUUGUUUGCGAUAUAGGAGAGGGAAAAUAUUCAGAUAUAUACCAGCCAUUAUUGAAAAGAUGUUUGCAACAGAAAGUUCCAAGGGAAAACAGAAUAUUCCUAAUGCACACAGAAACUAAAUAUGCAAAAGCUUUAAUGGAAGCUGCAACCAGUAUUGGUUUGACGACAAAAGACUACCAAUGGAUUUUAACAACAUCUGCGAUGGGACUAGUGACAUAUUUGGCAGACAAUGCUUAUCCUUUAGGAGUACUUGGAUUAUCACAUGAAGAGGAAUAUCCUUCUCCUAGUAUAGUUAAAGUCAUCAAAGAUGCAAUAUAUGAUUCAGUUAGAGUGUGGACUAUGGCAAUGGCAAGUUUGUCCCGUAGAAAAUCUUUAGACUUGUUUCCAGAUUUAAAUAAUUCAUCUAGAUGGCAGGAUGGACAAGAACUUUAUAAUGAAAUGCUUAACAUAAGAUUGAAGGAUUUGCGUUCGUCUGUUGAGUUCACCGAAAAUGGAUUAAAUCAAUACACAUCGUUAAAUAUACUUAACACACAGGAGAAAACAGAAAGAACGAGAGUAACGAAAAAAUGGAUAAAGGUUGGUGAUUGGUUUCCGAAAAGAGUCGGGUCAGAAAUAAAGCCGUCAAUAGAAUUAAACAGUAUCACAUGGCCUGGAAAUCAACCAUUCCCUCCACUCGGCCGACCAGCUCGCCGGUUUUUCAAUAUUGCAACUUUGAAUGAAGCACCGUAUGUGAUGUACAGACCAACAGAUGUUCUAACGGGGAAAUGUAAUUAUCCUGCUACAAAAUGUAGAGUGGUAUACAACGCUACUGAACAUGGAAACGAUACAACGUUCGAGAACGGGACAGUUGUAAACUGCUGUACAGGAUUGAGCAUAGAUUUGUUAUUAGUUCUGAGUGACAAAAUGAAAUUCGAUUUUAACUUGUUUGAAGUUCCAGAUAGAACGUUCGGCAUUCAAGAUAUGGUUACAGGAGAAUGGAAUGGUCUUAUCGAACUAUUGAUGAACGGAGAAGCAGAUAUGGUUGUCACUUCGAUGCAAAUUACACCUAGACGAAGUGAAGCCGCCAUGUUUUCUAUGCCUUUCCUGGAAACUGGAACUACCAUUAUUGUAUCAUUAACUAAAGGAGCAAUAUCUGCCACUGCUGUGUUAGAGCCGUACGAUUACCCAGCUUGGUGUCUUAUUUUGGUAUUCAGUGUCCAUUCUAUUGGUGCUUCUAUUUUCAUAUUUGAAUGGUUAAGUCCAGCUGGUUUGGAUCAAGGCAAAACACCAAUGCGAGAACACAAGUUUUCCCUUUUCCGGUCUUUCUGGUUAAUAUGGGCUAUGUUGUUUGGUGCAGCCGUGUCAGCUGAUAAUCCUCGUGGUGUGUCAAGCCGUUUUCUUGGAAAUGUAUGGGCAUUGUUUGCCUUGGUUUUCCUUGCAAGCUAUACAGCUAACCUUGCAGCCUUCAUGAUAACAAAAGAAAGUUACUAUGAUUUAUCAGGAAUACAAGACUGGCGAUUAACAAAUCCGUAUAAGCAUAAACCUCGUCCAUUUAAAUUUGCUACUGUUCCUAAUGGAAGCACAGAAGAAAAUCUACGUGAAACAAGACCAGGAAUGUACAAAUAUAUGUACCAAUACAUGCAGCCAUCAGUUCCCGAGGCUAUAGCAGCCCUGAAAAGACAGGACAUCAACGCUUUUAUCUAUGAUGCAACACCAUUGGAAUAUCAAGUAGGUAUUGAUCCUGAUUGUGAUUUAAGAACAGUAGGACAGUCCUACGCUAUGACAGGAUACGGAAUAGGAUUUCCACUAGAGACUGACACUGAUCUAGUAACAGAGGUUAACAACAUUAUACUGGAUCUACAAGAAGACGGUGAACUGGAAAGACUUCGAAAGUUUUGGCUUGCAGGAGCAUGUCAUUCUAAAUUGAAUCAGAAAAGGUCUAGUGACGAGUUAGGGAUACUCAAUUUUACAAGCGCAUUCAUACUGUUAGCGGCUGGUAUUGUUCUAGGAGGUUUGCUUCUAAUACUAGAACACUUGUACUUCCGGUUUGGGCGUAAAUGUUUGAAGGAGUACGACAAAUGUGGAUGUUGUGCCUUAGUAAGUCUGAGUUUGGGUAAAUCAUUGACGUUCGAACAGACAAUAAUGGAAGCUAUAGACCUACAUAAGAAACAUAAAUGUAAAGAUCCUCUGUGUGAGACACAACUAUGGAAAGCAAAGCACGAAUUGGAUCUUGCUUUGUUAAAAAUACAGAAACUAAGUAGAGAAAUCGGGGCAAUCAAGCAAGCGCCGGCAUUAAAGUACAAACUUGAAAUUAUUGGUCAUCAAGAUUCUAAAGUUGAAGAUGACACCAUAGAAAACAAAUCAAAGGUAGCUGAGACGUCUAAUGGCGACAUGCGUCAAAGAAGACGGGAUUCUACCUUAAGGCGAUCACCUAGUUAUAAUAAUGCCAUAGGUGGGGAUAGUAAUUUGACUCAGGAAAAUCAAAGUGCAAAAAAUAAUGCUUCUGAAGGAGAUAAUCUAACUAAAGAAUCUCCAUCGUCAAGGAAUGGAGCAUAUGCUUUUGGUGAAGGAGAAGUAUAAGUAAUUUGUGAUAUAUGCAACAACGAUGUAUAAAUUUCAUUAUGCAAAUGUCUGUUUUGUUUGUUUGAUGUAACAUGACUUUAGUGGAUGAAGCUGUGCCUUUAUUAAUCUGUGUUAAUUGAUGCAAUAUCAUGUGUAAAUAAGUGUAUAAAACAUAUCAUCUAUUUUUUA